AGAAGUGUGAUAAUAUCUGUAGUCACCAGCUCGAGCACUAAACUCAAUUGCCAAUGAAGUUUCAUACUUCUAAGAACCUGGGGGAUAGUAACUGACCGCAUUGUAACACCUUUAAAGUUUGAAGUGGCUGGCCCGGCGAUAAAGUUUGUGGCUAUAUAACCUGGAUUUUGGUGUAAAUAGUUGGGCAUGCCCCUUUAUCGCCCCGUCAUGGGUUUGUGUACUUUGUGUGGCUUGGUUAGAUAUGUGAGUAUGAAUAGAAAAAGAGCCCAACAACGAGCGACAAAAGCGGAGCACUGACCCAAUUCAAAACUGAAAUGAAUAUUCCUAAGGUUUGUAAACGGGGCAAUGAGCCAGUGUGUUCGGUGUGUUUGUACGGAUUCGCAGUCAGGUGUUAAUUAAAUUUAUUUAAACCCUCUUGAGCCGAAUCUACGAUUUCAAUGUAACGAUACGAGCCAAAUGAAGCGUGCCCAAAUAGAAUUGCCCUUUAGGGUUUGGCUUUCAGCAGGGAAAAUAAAACGCGCUGAUAAAGCGUUGACAAUUCGAAGGGGAACACCAAACCAGAAAUCUAACCACACACCAGAUGGGAUCGGUUCGGUUCGGUUCGGCUUGGUUAGCCAAAGCCAGAGCCAUUGCCCACACAAAAAUUGUGGCUAAAUGUAAUUGGCAAAAGCACAUCAACCACUUUUAUCACAAAACCCGUCACUUGCGCCGCCGACUCUGCCUGCCAAAUGGCCCCAACAUAACUUUUGGACAUAAUUAAGCCAUCAAACUAAAAUCUUUGCCAUUUGCGUUGACAGUGACUUGUCGCUGUGUUGGACAACAGUGAGCACAGCGAACGCGGCUCGCAAAACUAAUUAAUUAAAAUGAACUACUCAAAAUGUUGGCAACACACUCGGCAAUUUCUGUUUUGGCAUUUUUGCUUACGACAUUUGUGGGUUGAUGGGUUUGGAUGAUUUAGGCGGAAUUAAGCGAUAAAAUCAAGCAUUACCAAAUUCAUUUGGCGGUUUUACAGUUAAAUGGUAUUUUUAUCUGUUCAUGGCAGUAUGGUUUUUUAAUUACUUUCUUAUGAAUUUGUUUACAAUUUUUUUACUGCUUUAAGAUAAUUAUAGAAGAGUAAGUAGAAUUGAUAAUUCAAUAAAAGCUGCCAUAACACUCAAUUUCAAGCUUAUGAAGAGCAAAUGAAAGACGUUACUACAAUUUAUAACCUUGAAUAUUCCUGGGAUCCUUGGCUACCAAAAGUCUUUUCCUUUAACUACCAAACAAUGCCAAGAUCCAUGGAAACCCCACAACUGCCAAACGAAACUCCCAAGCAAAUAGUUCAGUUGAUAAGUAAAAGUGAAACCAUGCAGUAUUGCUGGCUUCCACAGGAGCGACGUGAGCCCAUUUUCCGGGAAAAGCCACCAGUGGUUAUCUCCAACAAGCGAUUCCAGCGCAUCCGUGCCCAUGCCACGCAGGCAGCCAAACAGGAGCAACUGCAUCAGCAGCAGCUUCGUGCAGAGGCGGAUGAGCAACUGCGAAUUGGAGGCGAGGAACUGCUUCGCAAAUUCGCCGGUCGGAAUCUCUGCAUCACACGGGAGGAGGAGUGCGCCCGGGAACUGAAGCAACUGCAAGCGGAGCAACUGGAGGCCAAGCGCCUAGCGGAGGAGGAAAGCAAGGCUGCUCGGCUGGAGCAUCAGAAGACCAGGAAGAAGCGCAUCGAGGCUGCCCAGAAACUCCUGGAGCAACUGCGUCCUGGUCCGCGGGAAUUGCAGUGCGCCCGUCUGCAGAGUGAAGUUAUGCGUAGUGUCAAUGUGCAACGGGAAGUGCAGGCGGAAUUCGCCAGGGCAAACCAGCAGCAGAAGGAGCUGGACAGGAAGAUCUUCCAGGAGCAAGUGCUUCGGGGAUUCGAGGAUGCCCAGCAUCGCCACAAGGAGCAAUGUCAACAGCUAAGUGAGCAUAAGAAGGAGUUGUUGCACUUGAUUGCAGAGAGGGAAAGGGAACGCCAGGCCACCAAAGCCCAGGAAUUGGAGGAGGCCCUCAAAGAGCGGGCACGUAAUGAGCGCAUGAUGAAGGAUCAGCAGGCCAAGGAGAAGGAGCUGCAGGCCGCCAAGCAGCGCCAGAAAAAAGAUGAGGCACUUUCCUCCUUGGCCAUGUCCGAGCAGCGCCAGCAGCGACUCCAAAUGCUCGAGGAGAUGGAGCAGGUGCGUUGCGAUAUCCACAACAAGGCCAAGGGACACCUGGAGCAGCUGAAACGGAACAGAGCCAAGGAGCGAGUGGAACAGCGCAUCAGUCGAAAUGAAAAACUGGCCAGGGAACUGGCUCCACGGCUGCACUACAGUGCUCGUGAGGAUGAGGAGCGCCAUAAGCGCCAGCUGGAAGAGAUGCGAAAAGUACACAGUGCCGAGCAAGCCAAAUGGAGGAAGUCCAAGGAACAGGCCAAAACCGCCCGUUUGGCUGUGCAAAAAGAAGAGGAGGAGCUGGCCAGGAAGAACAAACAAAAAGCGGAGGAGGAACGCAAGGUGGCGGAGGAACUGCGUCUUCAAAACGAUCUAACCAAUGUGCAGUUUAAGCGGCAGCAACGAGAGGAGCAUAUUCAAAGGAUAAGGAAACUCCGCCAGGAUCUCGACGAGCAGGUCAGGAAACGCACCGAGGAGGAGACCCGUCCAGGUACCAACUACAACAGGGAGGCCCAGUUGGAGGAGCUACGCGAGGAUGCCUUCUUCUUCGACUACGCGCGCCAGCUGAUGGAUGAAGCCCAGGCCAAAGGAUGUCCCCUAAAGCCAUUUAUACGCGCCGUUGGUCAGUACAAAACCGAUAAUCGGAUAGGAGCCGAGAUACGGAUUCCCCGACACAUGGUCACUCGACUGCCCAUGGGCAGGAGAACUCAAGGAGACAGCCAAGCAGAGGGAAAGAAAGGAUCCCUGCAUAAACAGGAACCCAAUGCCGAGGAGUUGGGCAAAGAGGAGAAGCUUUUGGGUCAGAGAAUACAGGAGAACCUCAAGAAAAUCGAGGCCUUGGUUUUACAGGAGGGCAAGAACAACGAUGAACAAAAGGAUUCAAAGAAAUAGGCUGAAGUUUACCUCUUGAACUUUCAAUAAAUACUUCUACUUUUGGUUUAAACUUCACCCUUAGCAAACAGAAAUAAAACUUAAACCUGCAGAAAACCUAAACCAGAAUGGUUGAAAUUAUAAACCCCCAACUUGACAUCAAUUGUGGUAAAUUUUGUAGGCUGCAACUCGGAGUCAAAGUAUUCAUUUGAUAUCCAUUACAAUGGCAAGUGGAAACUGGAAACUUCUCAUCAAAAGUAUUGAGUUGCAAUUAAAGGUGCGAAAUUCAAUUCACUGGUGAUCGAUUUCCAUUGCCAUUAGUCACCGGGUGUCCAAAUUGAGUUUGUUUAAUAUACAUUCUAUCACUUUGGUAUGGAAUCAAAUUGAUUCCUAUUUCGAUGAGCAGCAUGCUUGGGAAAACCUUUCCAGCUUUCAGUUUU